AUGGAACAUUGUAGUAAAUCCCAACAUUUGAUGAGUUAUUAUGUUGUUGCGGAAGUUGUGGAUGUCGGGGAGACGGAAGUUGUGGAUAUUGGGAAAGUGGAAGUUAUGGAAGUUGUAGAUGUUGGAAGUGGAAGUUGUGAAUGUUGGGAUAUUGGGGAAGCGGAAAUUGUGGAUGUUGGGGAAACGGAAGUUGUGGAUAUUGGGAAAGCGGAAGUUAUGGAAGUUUUAGAUGUUGGCAGUGGAAGUUGUGAAUGUUGGGAUAUUUGGGAAGCGGAAGUUGUGGAUGUUGGGGAUGUUGGGGAUAAUGUUGUAAAGAAUGUUGUCGCGGAUUUUGUGGAUGUUGUGAAUAUUGGGGAUAAUGUUGUAAAGAAUGUCGUUGCGGAUUUUGUGGAUGUUGUGAAUGUUGGGGAUAAUGUUGUAAAGAAUGUUGUUGCGGAUGUUGUGGAUAAUUUUGUUGCGGAUAUUGAGGAUAUUUGGGAUAAUAUUGUUGCGGAUGUUGGAGAUAAUGUUGCAAAGAAUGUUGGGGAAAUGAAUGUUGUGGAUGUUGGGGAUAAUGAUGUUGCGGGUUUGGAUGUUGUGGAUAGUGUUGAUAAUGUUGUUGGUUCUCGAUUAAGUACACUUAAUUUAACAUUUUUAGCUUCUAAUAAAAAUCGCGAAAAUGAGAUUUCUGCCGAUUUACUUGAUGAAUUCAUGUCUAAUAAUGUGAAAGAAAAUAAAAGUUUAUUAAGAAUAUUCAAAAAUGAUUGA